AAAUCGACGAGUAACAAAUUAUUCAGUACGCGAAAGAUAUCCAACAAGUGUCGUCUAGUUUUAAGCUAUUUAACAAGAAUAUGGCAUUUUAAAUUGUUUGAAUUUUGUGUAUCGAAGCUGUGAAAUGAAGAAAUUCCAUACAUUGUUUCCUGAAGGCAGUAAAUUUAAUCAAAUAUUAUGUGCGAUUUUAAUAAAUUUUCCCGUAUUCGUGUACGGUGCAAGCAUCGGAUGGAUGUCACCGAUGACCCUAUUGCUGCAGUCUAAAGACUCACCCAAAGGCGUGCCUCUCACUGAAUCAGAAGUAUCAUGGAUGGCCGCUGCGGCAUAUUUAGUGUGCAUUCCCGCAGACGUGCUGCUCGCAUACGCCGGAGAUAAAUUAGGAAGAAAACUAUUAAUACUGUUUAUAUCAGGAAUCAGCGCUGUAAGUUGGAUUCUAUUACUAGUGUCUAUAGAAACAUGGGCUUUGAUCCUCUCAAGAGCCUUAGUUGGUAUAACUAUGGCUGGAGCAUACGUCACUUGUCCAAUUUACACGAAGGAGAUUAGCGAAAACCACAUACGAGGAGCUUUAGGAUGCUUGGUAAUAUUAUUCCACACGACGGGUAACCUGUUCCUAUACGUAAUUGGUGAUAUACUAAGCUAUAGAACCAUACUAUGGGUUUGUCUGGCAUUGCCCGCUUUUCACAUCGUCCUCUUCAUGGUUAUGCCGGAAUCACCUUCCUAUUUGGUCAAGAAAGGUAACGAUGAGGAAGCAGCGCGGGUUCUCGCGUGGUUGCGCUGCAGAAGAGUAGACGACGCUAAAAUACAAGAAGAAUUAGAUGUUAUCAAGAUAGAACAGAAGAACGAUGAAGAAAGUAGCAAGUUUUUAUUAAAAGCUAUAUUCAAAGACAAGAUUUUGUUCCGCGCAUUCCGCAUAGCUUUGGUAGCGACGCUCGCUAGGGAGGUGUGCGGCGCCAUUCCCGUUUUAAACUUUGCUGGGGAAAUAUUCACGUGGGCGUCUGAAGGCAAAGCUCUGAUUCUCACACCGAACCAGCAAGCCAUGCUGCUGGGCCUCGUGCAGGUGCUGGGCUCCGCGCUCGCCUCCAGCAUUGUUGAUAGAAUCGGAAGAAGGACGCUUUUAACGUCUACCGCGUUAAUAUCAGGGUUAAGUAUGUGUUCGUUAGCGUCGUGGUUCGUAGCGAAGCACUACGGCGCGUACACGCCGGCCUGGCUGCCCAUCCUCACGCUGUGUCUGUGCAUCUUCUGCGACUCGGCUGGUCUGCAGCCCGUCUCCGUGGUUCUCACGGGAGAGAUAUUCUCGUUUAAGUACCGAGCGUCAGUAAUGGGUCUGACUAUGGGUUUAGCGUCUUUCGCUGACUUCAUCCAGAUGUUAUUCUUCAAGCCGCUAGCGAACUCUAUCGGAAUCCACGUCGCCUUCUACUUCUUCGGUGGGAUUUGCCUCGUCACAGCUUUGUAUGUGACUCUCGCAGUCCCGGAGACGAAGAACAGAUCUCUUACUGAAAUCUACGAAGAUCUCAGACCGAAAUCGGAUAAUGAUUCGGUUAAAACUAACUACGAAGACGAUUAUGUGGGUAGUUUUAGAAGUAUAAAUGAUGCGUGAAAUACCAAAAGUGUUUAGUUAUUUAAUUUUGUAAAUACAAUGUUUUAUAUGAUCUGUAUUGGAAUGAAAAUAAAGAUCUUUUU